AUGGCUAACCUUGUGUUUCUGUAUAUUUAUCAAGACCGAUGGAAGGAUGCUGAGGAGCUACAGAUGCAGGUUCUAGAGGCAAGAAAGAGGGUACUUGGAGAGGAGCAUCCUGACACACUUACAAGCACGUCUAACCUUGCGUCUACAUAUGGUUAUCAAGGCCGCUGGAGGGAUGCUGAGGAGCUACAGAUGCAGGUUCUAGAGGCAAGAAAGAGGGUACUUGAAGAGGAGCAUCCUGACACACUUACAAGCACGUCUAACCUUGCGUCUACAUAUGGUUAUCAAGGCCGCUGGAAGGAUGCUGAGGAGCUACAGGUGCAGAUUCUAGAGGCAAGAAAGAGGAUGCUUGGAGAGGAGCAUCCUUACACACUACUAAGCAUGGCUAAUUUGGCG